GAGCCUGUACCUGGGCUACCGCUUUUGAGCGACCCUAGGGCGCCCCGGACCCACAGGGACGCGGACAAUAACGCGGACAUGAUGCCCAGCCACGCGGGCGCUGGGGCAAACGCUGACGCGAUGUCUCUGUUCUUGUGGGAAGAAUCCCGCUUGCAAAGCAAUGGUGUUGCUACGACAUACGUGGUUUCCUUGAAGGCGAAGAAGGAUUACGUGUGCCGACGGCAGAACCAGAAGGAAGCUCAGGGUGUCCUUGCAAAGUGUCAGCAGUCGGGCCUUACAACGCUCGCUGAGCUGAAGAAGUUUGUGAAGACACUCAGAAAGGAGGACAUCCUUGCAGAGCCAGCUGUGGAUGUGGCUGCCUUGUUCUCCGAAGCUUCCAAUGUAGCAUCGUCUCCAGGUCCUGUUGCGCAGAACCAAGUGAAGGAGCCGGUGGCCACCCAGGAAGCUGCGGAAUGCCAUGUGGCUGCGGCUGAGGAUGCCGUGCCUUUGGUGGCUCCACCUGCAGUGCCAGCAGCUGUGACAGAACAGAAGGAUUCAGCAGCUGAGGGUGAGGCUGCAGUUGUUGAAGCCCCAGACAAGAACGACACCGAGACGUCCGAGCAAUUGGCUGAGGGUGAGGCUGCAGCUGUUGAAACCCCGGACAAGAAAGACACCAAGAUGCCUGCAACGACACCGUCUUUUGAGAAGCAAGUGUGGGGCAGAAGCCCCGUGAAGAGGCGCAAGAUCAGUGAUGUUGAUGCAGAGAAGCUGGCCAUCAAGCCCAGGCCUGGCAAUCCUUUCCGGUUGUUGCAUGAGAAGCAGGACCGUUGCUCCAUGUGUGACUUGGAGACGGAACCCACAGACAUGCCACCUCCCAGGGAGAAAGUUUGCAAGAGCGGCCGCAAGAUGAAGGUUACCAUGUCGCACCAUGGAGCCCGGUGCCACUUCUGCCAUACGAAGUUGCAGUUCUUUGCCCGGAAGUAUGGUGUGAAAUCGAGAUCAUCCACAGCUUACACUGAGCUCCAGUUGGGGCACAUCAAGGCCGAGAGCGUGGCUUGGCGCAAGGUAGCCUUUGCAGAGGUUCGGAAUAAGCUCGGCUCUGACGGCCUUGUUAGCUGUGUAGCACGGGCACUAUCCGAAGAGGAGCGCGCAAAUUUUCAAUCCCCUGCAACUCUUGAACGUUUUGCAUCUUCACUAGUUGAGUGCAGCAAGGGCGUCGAUGCUGCUGAAGAGAUUGUUGUCCAAGCCGCGCAGGAGCACAUUGGAAGCUGGCGCAAAUCCAGGAAAUUGCUUCCAGUGCCUGGACAGAAGCUUUGGCACCGUGUACGGAAACAUAUGCCCAAGCAUGCGCCUGGUCGCAAAACCAAAGUUCAUUCGAAAGACAUCCGGAUGCAAGUGCGUGUCUACCUGCUUGAGAAUGCCACUACAUCUGCGAAGCUCAUGAAAUGUGACGGCUCUAUCGAACCUGUGUACAACUUGAACAUGUCUAAGCGGAAGCUUUGGCACCGCAGUGUGGCAAUGCAGAGCCUCCUGUCGAGGCCAGCUUGGUACAAGCACAUGGCUGCCCAUCACAAGAACUUUGUUCGUUUGAAAACGCGCACAGAUGUAUGCUGCUUCUGUCACAAGUAUGACAAGGUAUUACUUCCUGCAUUGCGCAAAGAUCUCGAUGCUGUCCGUGGAGGUGUGCAAUCUGUGCAGAAUGAUUAUUUUGCAGCGAUGGACUCUCAUUGGGAAGCCAUGAAAGCAGCUGGCCGCACGGACCCUGACGAUCAGUUGUCUUUGCAAUAUGUUAAAUUCAUGAAGCUCUUCAUGGACAAGACGUCGUCUGUCCGGUACAGAACGGCAGCUGCCCCAGGAACUGUUCGUGGCCGACAAGAUCUGAAAGAGGCAGAGGCGAGUGGAGCCACAACCUUGCGGAAGUAUAUUGAUAUUUUGGAAUGCUGCGCUCAUCACUUUGCCGGUGUUCGGCGACAGCAUGAAAGAAGAGAGCAGCGAGAAAACAAUUUGCCUCCCAAUCUAUUGGUUGUACAAUUGGACUACAUGGAGAACAUGACGUGGCCGCUGGGACCAGAGGAGGCCCAGGACUGGUUCUGGGCAACAAGCCGAGAGUCCAUGACAACGCUCGGCUUCUACGUGUCUUUCUGGCGCAAUGGAACAAUUUGUUCCAGAAUCUUUAUUGUCCUGCUGCCACAGAGCUUGAGAUAUGGGCAGCAUUGGGUAUCGCAGUUUGCACGUACGAAGAACAUUGAGUGUCUCGCUGAUAUGCACGCUGCAAUUGAAGCUGGUGCUGCUGGAACUAUGUCUCUGGACCCUCCUCCACUUGGUCCAGCCUACUAUGUGAAAUCUUUCAAGCCAAGUCCAAAGACACACAUCUUCAAGUUAGACACUUCCCUUUGUGACAUGCAAAUUGAGUACACACAUUGCAUUUUCUUUGAUCGUGCUUCUGAUGGCCACGUCCGUGGAUGGAAUUUCUGGUACAGUGAUCGCGUGGACAAACGCACGCUUGGAUCUAGCAUUGGCAAGCUGAAGGCGAUCAAAGUUCCUUGCAAAGAAGAUUGGAGGUUGUCCUACCGGGCGACCCAACCCGAAAAGAACCCUUUGAAUGUUGACUUGUUGAAACGCCGAAUGGCCAAGCAAAGUGCCUUUAUUGACUCUAGCGGCGCAAGCCGUCGAACAAAUUUUAUGCAAGCUUUGUUGCGCCGAGAGAAGCAGGGGGCAAAGCAGAAAGCAAAGUAUCUCCGGCAGAAAAGAGCUCUGGGAAUCAAUUUAAAAGAAGGCCAAGAUUCAAGCGACAGCGAGAGUGAAA